CCCUCACGGGCCCCCCGGCGGCGGCAGCGGCAGCGGCGGAGCCCACCGCCCGGGCCCCGAUGAGUAACUCCCGGAACAACCGGGUGAUGGUGGAAGGCGUCGGGGCCCGGGUAGUGCGCGGCCCGGACUGGAAGUGGGGGAAGCAGGACGGCGGCGAGGGCCAUGUGGGCACCGUCCGGAGCUUCGAGAGCCCGGAGGAGGUGGUGGUGGUGUGGGACAACGGCACCGCCGCCAACUAUCGCUGCUCCGGGGCCUACGACCUGCGCAUCCUGGACAGCGCGCCCACCGGCAUCAAGCAUGAUGGAACCAUGUGUGAUACCUGCCGCCAGCAACCAAUCAUUGGCAUUAGAUGGAAAUGUGCAGAAUGUACAAAUUAUGAUUUGUGCACAGUUUGUUAUCAUGGAGAUAAACAUCAUUUAAGGCAUCGCUUUUAUAGAAUUACUACACCAGGAAGUGAGCGGGUUUUGUUAGAGUCUCGUAGAAAAUCUAAGAAGAUUACAGCAAGAGGAAUCUUUGCAGGUGCCAGAGUGGUACGAGGAGUGGACUGGCAGUGGGAAGAUCAAGAUGGAGGAAAUGGACGAAGGGGAAAGGUAACAGAAAUCCAAGACUGGAGUGCAUCAAGCCCACACAGUGCAGCCUAUGUUCUCUGGGAUAAUGGUGCUAAGAACCUUUAUAGAGUUGGCUUUGAGGGCAUGUCUGAUCUGAAGUGUGUCCAGGAUGCCAAAGGAGGUUCUUUCUACAGAGAUCACUGCCCUGUGCUUGGUGAGCAGAAUGGCAACAGGAAUCCUGGUGGAUUGCAGAUUGGUGACCUGGUGAAUAUAGAUCUUGACCUAGAAAUUGUACAGUCUUUGCAGCAUGGUCAUGGAGGAUGGACUGAUGGAAUGUUUGAGACUUUAACUACAACUGGAACUGUUUGCGGCAUUGAUGAAGAUCAUGACAUUGUAGUACAAUAUCCAAGUGGCAAUAGGUGGACAUUUAAUCCUGCAGUUCUCACUAAAGCAAACAUUGUCCGAAGUGGAGAUGCUGCUCAAGGUGCAGAAGGGGGUACCUCGCAGUUUCAAGUGGGUGACCUUGUACAAGUUUGUUAUGAUCUGGAAAGAAUUAAACUUCUACAGAGAGGACAUGGUGAAUGGGCCGAAGCAAUGCUUCCAACUUUAGGCAAAGUUGGCCGAGUACAACAAAUCUAUUCAGACAGUGAUUUAAAGGUGGAAGUUUGUGGAACAUCUUGGACAUAUAAUCCGGCAGCAGUUUCCAAGGUGGCAUCUGCAGGAUCAGCCAUUAGCAAUGCAUCUGGUGAAAGACUGUCACAACUCCUGAAGAAAUUAUUUGAAACUCAAGAAUCUGGUGACCUCAAUGAAGAAUUAGUUAAGGCAGCUGCUAAUGGAGAUGUUGCUAAAGUGGAAGAUUUGCUAAAAAGACCAGAUGUGGAUGUAAAUGGGCAGUGUGCUGGCCAUACAGCUAUGCAAGCUGCUAGUCAAAAUGGACAUGUUGACAUUUUGAAGUUGCUUUUGAAGCAAAAUGUGGAUGUAGAAGCUGAGGAUAAAGAUGGAGAUAGAGCAGUUCACCAUGCAGCCUUUGGAGAUGAAGGUGCUGUUAUAGAAGUACUACACCGAGGCAGUGCUGAUUUGAAUGCCCGCAACAAGCGCCGACAGACACCACUUCAUAUUGCUGUUAAUAAAGGUCAUCUUCAAGUAGUGAAGACUUUAUUGGACUUUGGUUGUCAUCCCAGUCUCCAGGAUUCUGAAGGUGAUACCCCUCUUCAUGAUGCAAUAAGUAAGAAACGUGAUGAUAUUCUGGCAGUUCUUUUGGAAGCUGGAGCAGAUGUUACCAUUACAAACAAUAAUGGAUUUAAUGCUCUACACCAUGCUGCUCUAAGAGGAAAUCCCAGUGCAAUGCGUGUUUUGCUCUCUAAAUUACCCAGACCAUGGAUCGUGGAUGAGAAGAAAGAUGAUGGUUAUACUGCCUUGCAUCUGGCUGCUCUGAACAAUCAUGUAGAAGUGGCUGAACUGUUGGUACACCAGGGUAACGCGAACUUGGAUAUCCAGAAUGUGAACCAGCAGACUGCCCUCCACCUUGCUGUUGAACGACAACACACCCAAAUUGUUAGGCUUUUGGUGCGUGCAGGUGCCAAGCUAGACAUUCAGGAUAAGGAUGGGGACACUCCUUUGCAUGAAGCUCUGAGGCAUCACACUUUGUCUCAGCUACGUCAGCUUCAAGAUAUGCAAGAUGUAGGGAAGGUGGAUGCUGCCUGGGAACCAUCGAAAAAUACAUUAAUAAUGGGACUUGGUACUCAAGGCGCAGAGAAGAAGAGUGCAGCAUCUAUUGCCUGUUUCUUGGCAGCCAAUGGCGCUGAUCUCAGUAUUCGAAAUAAGAAGGGUCAGUCCCCCCUUGAUCUCUGUCCUGAUCCAAGUCUUUGCAAAGCACUGGCAAAGUGUCAUAAGGAAAAAGUCAGCGGUCAAGUGGGUUCUCGGAGUCCUUCUAUGAUUAGUAAUGAUUCUGAAACCUUAGAAGAAUGUAUGGUAUGUUCAGAUAUGAAGAGAGAUACUCUUUUUGGCCCAUGUGGGCAUAUUGCAACCUGUUCUUUAUGUUCUCCACGAGUCAAAAAAUGCCUCAUCUGUAAAGAACAAGUUCAAUCCAGGACAAAGAUCGAAGAAUGUGUGGUGUGCUCUGACAAGAAAGCAGCUGUGCUUUUCCAACCUUGUGGACACAUGUGUGCUUGUGAAAACUGUGCUAGCCUGAUGAAAAAGUGUGUGCAGUGCCGCGCAGUAGUGGAGCGAAGAGUGCCUUUCAUCAUGUGCUGUGGAGGGAAGAGUGCGGAAGAUGCUAAUGAUGACAUCUCAAGUGGGAAUAUUCCAGUGUUACAGAAGGACAAGGACAAUACCAACGUCAAUGCAGAUGUGCAGAAGUUGCAGCAGCAAUUACAGGACAUCAAGGAGCAGACAAUGUGCCCUGUGUGUUUGGAUCGUCUGAAGAAUAUGAUUUUCCUCUGUGGCCAUGGAACAUGCCAGCUCUGUGGAGACCGCAUGAGUGAAUGUCCCAUAUGUCGCAAGGCUAUUGAACGAAGGAUUCUUUUAUACUAACUGAGAAACACAGCGUGUUUUGUUAACUAAGAAGUAUCUGGUCAUGAGAUCUCAGUAAGCUAGUUGGAAGUUGUAAUGAAUUAAUUUCUGGUAUCAUAGUUUCUUUACUAGAGUGUAAUUAGACUGCAAAUAUAUGAACAAAACUACAAAGCAGUAUUUUGAAAGGGUGUGGGGUUUUUUUUGUUUUUGCUUUUGUUUUCCUUUUAAAUUUGAAACAUCUAAUCCAUGUAAUUCAUAGGUAAUUUGCUUUUGACUUCUAAGGGGAAAAUCCUUUAAGGAUAUCCUGGGGUGUUUUUUAUUGUAUUUUCUCUUAUAGUUUAUAAAUUUGUUAAGACCUCAAAAGACAUAAUUCCUUGUGAUCAGUCAGCUAUUAGUAUAUCAUGAUUUUACUCAGUGAAUUGAUACAGAUAACUCUAAAAAGUCAUUCAUGAAAUGAAAGGGGCAAGUCAAAUUAUUAUGUAAAAUAUGUGAAGUGCUAAAAUUGUGGGACAAGUUCCAGAUAGUUAAAGGGAUGUUGAAGGGAAAUUCUUUUUUUAAUAUAAUAGGAAAAUAUCCAAAUGUUUGUUUCUGAAUUCUUAGAGUAAAUGGAAGCAUAGAAUAAUAAGAAAAUAAUGACUUUGUAUUUGGUUUAUUUUGUAGAUUUAAAAGGAAAAUAGUUUAACUUGAAUUAAAUUACUAGUUUCAAAAUGACUAUUAGACAUGUUAAAAGGAAAAAUAAGCAAUCAUAGUGGAGAAUUGAAGGAGAAAAAAUAAAAGAGUACUUGUUAACUGUCCAUUAUUAGUUGCAUUUCUCAUAUUAAUUUAGAUACUGUUUGCUUCAGCCAGCCUUUUAAAAAAAAACACCUGUGAAAAGUGUAGUCCAGUUUUCCCCGUGAUUGCUUAUCUGGCCUUGACUGACCAAUAAGAUGAUGUUGCCCUGUUUGGGCCUCUGAGAUUCUGAUUAGCUUGGUGAUAUAUUGUCCAGAGACAGCAAUCUAUCUGUAUCUGUAUCUAUUAAUUCUGACAGUGUUACAGAUUUUACCUUUGUCAAAAAGCCUUAUUUCCAUUCUUUCUCAGAUAGGAAGUCUGACUAUACCUGCAGAUGAAGACAUUAUACUGCCAACAAUAUCCAAGACAUAGUAGACAAACUAAUAAUAAAUACUUAUUUAGAAAGAGUGCCAGGGUAUCUGCAAAAAAUAUGUCUGAUUAUCUGUGGAUUUUUUAUUUUACACAGUUUGACUCUGUAGCAUCUCAUCUUUUUUUUUUUUUUCUUUUCUGAAUGAAUUAUCUUAUCGUAUCUGGGGUAACUGUACACAUAAAUGUUUUUGGAUUCCUUGCUGCUAGAUUAUAAAAAUAUCCGCUGUUUACAAUAGUGUCUAGUGUAUAUUGUUCAUUAGCUUAUUUCCCAUGUGCACUUAUUUCGUAUAUUUUUUGUGGCUUUCCCCCUGGCUAGCAAUUUCAGCUUUUCUACAACAACUCAGUUAAAAGUACAAAGUGUCUGGCAUUCAUAGCUCUGUCUUUCUGGCUGUUGAACUACUGCUGUCUUCCCAGUCCUGGUGAAAGCAGUGGUGAGCUUGGCCAGCUGGUUUUGUGGUCUCGGCUUCCUAUCUAUGUUUAGCUGAGUAAUUGUUAUCAUCAUUUAGAACAGUAACCUCUUCAGAAAUUUCGGAUUUGAAACUACUUUUUGACUCCGUUAUCUAAUAAGGGGCCACUGAGGCUUUUUAAAAACUGUAUUUUGAACUUAUAAAAAGAUAGAACAUAUGAGUAAUGUUAUUCACAUAAAGAGACAAACCCACUAUCUUCUUGCAGAUUUGAAAAAAAAAAGGUGUCAAGAUUUUCCUUUUUUUCCCAUGCCAUUGGCCACCCCAUCUGCUUUUCAGGACAUUGGCUGGUAUGGAGGGCACCUGGCUGACUGAUGCAGAUCUUUGGCCAAUCAGUGAACUGUGAGGCCCACAGCUUAUCAGAGUAGGCCAUUUUCAAAUUCUUCUGAGCUGUAGUGUUAGAACUUAUGUUCCUAAAAGGUAAUAUCAUCUUCUAGACUAGUUUAAACAUUUUCUCUGUAUGGAAAAUGUAAUAACUUUAUACUAUAGAAGUCAUAAAGUCACUAUCACUUUAGUGCUAAGUAAUUGUGGAUUUUCUAUUUUUUAUCAUUUUCAAAUGUAUUUUAUGAAUAGGAAAUGUUUAUCUAUUCAUGUUUUCAAGCACCUAAAAUUAUUUUAAGUUUAUUAGGGCUUAUGAGAGAGAAUUUGAUUAUAUCUGAUCUUAGCUAAAAGUCCAAGAAGCAAUGAGAGAAUAAGAUCAAGACCUCAUUAAAGUGGUUUUCCUCCAACUCUCUGAAAUUGCUACCUCUUAUUCUAUAUCUUGUCAGUACUUUGACAGGUGUGUUUUCUCCUCAUUAACUAAAUCGCUUUAUCCCGUGCCUCAAAAAGAUCUUUACUUUUCCUGAAAUUAUUAAAUAAAUAAACAAAUAAAUGCAACCAACCAACCUUCUUUCAAAAAAGUAUUCAUUGGGCUUCAGGAGCUAGGUGUACAGCGCUGAAAAUGGCCAGCAUCUCAGCACACUCAGGAUCUAUUGGGCGGUGGUUGCGUAUUUGGGAUAUUGUAUAGUCAGAAGGAAAGCUCCGAAGGUACUAAUAGGAUUUCUUCCCAAUGUUUCUGAAGAGUUGUCAUUGUCAAUGAGUCGAAUUUGGAUUCCUUUUCUGUACCCCCUCACCCUACCAUGUUUUCUCCCUUAUAUUCUAAGAAUGUCAGUUUUAUUACUCAAAACACACACACACAACUUACCAGAUGGUGCUAUUCCAAUUAUGUUUGCUCACAUAAUUUGACAUUCUUAUUGCUCAUUUUAUAUAUAUACAUACAUAUAUAUAUAUAGUUAAUUUUGUUGGGAGCAAGAAGGUUUUUCAAGAGAAGAUAAUUUUGUAUUAGUGUAGGAAUAUUAUAUUAGACGUGUAGUUUAGCUGGCUGAUUAUGCUUAAGAUAUUUGUAAUUUUAAAUAUUGCAGGUUGACUAGCUACUGAGGCAUAAAAUUAGUAGAUAAUGUUGGAAAUCACUUUCUUAAAUUUAUAUUUUUGAUGAUUUUAGUCUGUAAGAUUUUCAUGUAUUGAACUGCAUGCUGCUUAAGAUUUGUCCAGUUCAGAUUUCCAAGCUUGCUAGUUGAUUUUCUGUGGUAGAAACAUGCUAUCCAGCAGUGUAUUGCUGAGUUGUUGUUCUUUGUUCUGAAUUAUGGACUCUUUUUGGACUAGGAAUUAUUCAAAUUUAUGGACUAAGAGAAUUAGGGAUAGGGAAAGGUUGGGUCAGGACAGUGGGAUUGUUCCGACAAGUAAGAAGGAGAAAAGUCAGUGUUUGAAUAUGGAGAUAGAAGAGGAUCAUGUGGAUUUCUUCUGAGCAUCAGUGGAGAGGGUAAAUUUAAACCACAUAAUAAAAAGGGUCUUUCAACCUAUCAGUUUGUAGUUUAAAUGACAGUUGCUCUGUAAUUUAUAGACUUUAUUAUAGCUUGCUUUUUUUUUUUUAAUCCAAAAAGGAAAAGCACUUAUCCUCUUAGGAUGUCUAAGAUGUUUUAUAGUAAUACUUUGUGUAAAAAAUUGCAUUUUGAAAUAUGGGUUGUUUUGCAUUAUUUUGUUGUGGUAAAGUCAUAUAAAAGUUACCAUCUGAACUAUUCCUAAGUGUCUAGUUUGGUAGUGGUAAGUACAUUUAUAUGGUGUGAAGCAUCUCCAGAACUUUAUCUUGUGAAACUGAAACUCCAUACCCAUUUAUAACUACACUCCCCCAUUAUCCUCAGUAGGAUAGAAUUUGAGCUAAAUGUAAAUCAAGAAACAGCCAAAUCACUUAGCAGUUUGUUUAUGUUUGCAAGAUCCAAAGUCAUGGCAAACAGCAGGUUCCUAAAAUUUGGGGGAAAGACAGCAUUUCUUACCCUCUGCUCAUAAUGAUAAC